GCGUAUCGGACGGUUUGGUCGACGGAACAGAGUAAACCGAGUUUGUGACGACACGAGAGUGUUUCGGGAAUAGAGCGUGUUGUGUUGUGUGUGGUUUUUGUAUGUGAUUCGCGCGCCCUCGGCCUAAGGUCAGUGGACCCUGAUCGAAAUUAAUUGAGCAUCCGUUUCGUCGUGUGCCGAACUGAAACAAUUUGAAAAGCACCCCGUAGAAUCAUCAAGCAACCGCCAUGGAUUUACCGAUAAUGUCCCAGGUGGAAAGCAUCGCCAGUCGCUUCCACUCUUUCAAAGCGACCAUUGCAGCGGACAGCGCGAUCAACGAUGCGAUAACGAAGGUCAUAGACUCCGAUCCGAACAACAAUUUGGAUGAGAAAAUUCAAUUCGCCUCGGAGGAAAUCAUUACGCCGCCGCGUGAGCUGCGGUCGUUUUACGACGGGAAAAGCAUCUUCAUCACAGGCGGGACAGGCUUCCUGGGGAAGGUGCUCAUAGAAAAGCUCCUUCGUAGUUGCGAUGGGAUCAAGCACAUUUACGUUUUGCUGCGUCCCAAGCGGGGACUUUCCAGCGAACAGCGCUACCGUGAGUUCGUGAAGCACCCGGUGUUCGAUCGAUUACGAACAAAGCUGCCGUACGUGCUGGACAAAAUGAUCUACGUCGGAGGAGACAUCACACUACCAAUGCUGGGCCUAUCGGAGAAGGAUAUGCAAACGCUGGUGGAAGGCGUUGAUAUUGUGUUUCAUGUGGCCGCAACCGUGCGGUUCAACGAGGGCCUGAAGGAGGCAGCUGUGUUGAACACCAUCGGGACGCAACGUAUUCUGGAUUUGUGUAUGAAAAUGUUUCAUCUUGAGAGUGUAGUUCAUGUCUCAACCGCCUACAGUAAUCCUGGUAGGAAAACGGUUGACGAGUGUAUCUACCCAUCAACGAUGAACGCGGAGUCCUUCAUCCAGUGUGUGAACAUCCUGCCGGGAGAUGUGAUAAAUGCAUUGUCCGGGAAGCUGCAAGGAACCCAUCCAAACACUUACACCCUAACUAAAUCAAUCGCUGAACAGCUGGUGGCGGAAUACAGCAGUCGACUCCCGAUUUGUAUCGUACGACCGUCGAUUGUGACCGGAGCGUUGCGGGAACCAUACCCCGGAUGGGUUGAUAACGUGUACGGGAUCACGGGCAUUAUGAUGGAAAUUGGUCGGGGCACGAUCAGCAGCAUUAUGUGUGACCAAAAAUGUGUGAUGGAUGUCAUCCCAGUCGAUAUUGUAUGCAAUACGCUGAUUGCAGCCGCGUGGGAGAAUGCACAGACUAUAUCGAAUCCAGUACGCGUGUACAACUGCACCUCCGGCUCGGUAAAUCCAAUCAAGUGGUACAAAUACGGCGAGAUCACCCAGAAAUACGCCAUCAAAAAUCCCACCAAAUAUGUGAUGUUGUAUCCAGGCUUCCAGUACCGCACCAAUCGCGUAAUGCACAAGAUAGUCGAGCUGUUUCUCCACUUCCUGCCGGCAUAUCUGUUCGAUUUGGUGCUACGAGUCAAGGGCGCAAAACCGAUAAUGGCAAAAAUAGCCAAACGCUUCCAGAAGGCAGCCGACACGGGGGAGUUUUUCGCAAUGCACGAGUGGCACUUCACCAGUAACAAUCUGAAGCGGUUGGCACACAAGGUUCACCUGACCAAGGAUGGACAAGAGUUUAAUCUGGACAUGAGCGAUAUGAGCUGGGAUUCGUACAUCGAGAACUACAUGUUCGGAAUUCGCAAGUUCGUUCUGAAGGACGAUAUGGACAGCAUGGAAAAAGCUAGGAGAAAAAUCAAGAAGCUGUACUGGAUCAGGAUUAUGCUCCAGAUUGGGGCGCUCUUUUUGUUGUAUCAACUCUGUUUGAAAGGAUUAUUUUUCUAGCACUAAUGUCGUUCGGGGUUUUUUUUUCAGCGGAAGAAUCUUAACAAACAGUUGUUCUGUAGAGAACGAUUUAUUAUGUUUAUAACUAGCUGAACGAGUGCGAUGUGUUAUCAGCAGAAUUCAUCGCGUACACU